AUGUGCCGGACACCAUGUCAUGUUGAUUCCUAUAUCCGCCCUUCCUCACGGGUUCGUCGAAUACGAUCUUCUAUCUAUCUAUCUAUCUAUCUAUCUGUUCUUCACCCGGGUGCGACGUCAUUUAUUUACAUUUGGAUACGUUUUUCUUCUUUUUUCUUCUUCUUCUUUUCAUCUGAUUCUUUCUUUUUUUCUUCUUUUUCUUUUUUUUUCUUCUUCUACGUCUUUUACUUCUUCUUUUCUUCUCCCUCUUUUUCUUCUUUUUCUUUUUUCUUCUUCUUUUCUUCUUCUACAUCUUUUUCUUCUACCUCUCCUAUGUCUUUUACAUCUUUUCUUCUACUUCUGCUUCUUUUUCUUCUUUUUUCUUCUUCUAUUUGUUUUCCUUCUUCUUUUCAUCUUCUUCUUUUCUUCCUCGUCUUUCCUCUUUUUCUUCUUCUCUUCUUCUUCUUCUUUUUCUUCUUGUACGUCUUUUACCUCCAUUCUUUUUCUUCUUUUUUCUUCUUUUUUUCCUUUUUCUUCUUUUCAUCUUCUUCUUUUCUUCUGCUUCUUUCUUCUUUUCUUCUUAUUCUCUUUUUCUUCUUCUUUUUUCUUUUUGUCUUCUUUUUCUUCUACGUCUUUUACUUCUUCUUUUCUUCUACUUCUUUUUCUUCUUUUUUCUACUUCUUUUCAUCCUCUUCUUUUCUUCUGAUUCGUUCUUUUUUUUCUCCUUCUUCUUUUUCUUCUUUUUCUCCUUCUUCUUUUUCUUCUUCUUCUACGUCUUUUAAUUCUUCUUUUCCUCUACUUCUACUUCCUUUUCUUUUUCUGUUUCUUUCUCUUUUUUCCUCUUCUUCUACUUCUUCAAUGCGCCACAUUCCUUCAGAAGAUAGGCGAUCAUGA